AUGUCUAGUAUUGUGCUAACAGCAGCAAAAGUGCUAUUGAAAAGAGCGGCGAAGGGGAACGAGGAUUUGGAUGAUGACAUUCCAGACGUGACACAGCCGGACGAUUCGCUCGAGGACUCCAAUCCAGUGACAGAGGAGAUAUUUUCGUCGUGGGCGUUAUUUAUCUUGCUCUUUUUGCUAUGUGCAGCAUUGUGGUCGUCGUACUUCCUCCAGCAAAGACGAAUCAAAGCCAUUCAUGAGACGGUGUUGUCUAUUUUCUACGGGAUGAUUGUGGGAUUGAUUAUCAGGGUUUCGCCGGGUCAUUACAUUCAGGACGCAGUAAAGUUCAAUUCGGGGUAUUUCUUUAAUAUAUUGUUACCGCCGAUUAUCUUGAAUUCGGGAUAUGAGUUGCAUCAGGUGAAUUUCUUUCGUAAUUUUGGUUCGAUCUUGACAUUUGCUAUUCCGGGGACAUUUAUUUCUGCUUUGGUAUUAGGAACAAUCCUUUAUGUAUGGACGGCCUUGGGCUUGGAUGGUAUUCAUUUGGAGUUUGUCGAUGCAUUGGCAGUGGGAGCCACAUUGUCUGCUACGGAUCCCGUUACUAUCUUGUCCAUAUUCAAUGCUUACAAAGUUGACCCAAAAUUAUACACCAUUAUUUUUGGUGAGUCCUUGUUAAAUGAUGCCAUUUCCAUCGUUAUGUUCGAGACUUGUCAGAAGUUCCAUGGAAAGACCCUUUACUUUUCAAGUUUCUUCGAAGGUAUUGGCUUAUUUUUAAUGUCUUUCACCAUAUCUACUAUCAUUGGUAUUUUGGUGGGUGUUUUUGUUGCAUUAAUCUUGAAACAUUCUCAUAUCAGAAGGUAUCCUCAGAUCGAGACUUGUUUGGUUCUAUUAUUCGCUUACGAAUCUUACUUCUUUUCCAAUGGUGCUCAUAUGUCCGGUAUAGUUUCCUUAUUAUUCUGUGGUAUUACCCUUAAGCAUUAUGCCUAUUUUAAUAUGUCGAGAAGAACACAGAUAGCUACGAAGUAUAUUUUCCAAUUAUUGGCUCAGUUAUCUGAAAAUUUCAUAUUCAUAUACUUAGGGUUGUCUCUCUUCACAGAAGUGGAAUUAGUAUUUAAGCCUUUGCUUAUUAUAAUUUCAUUUAUUCUGAUUUGUGUUGCGAGAUGGCUGGCUGUUUUCCCCUUGUCAAGACUUUUGAAUUUCUUGUACAAGGCGAGAUUCAAAGAAUUCACCAGUAGAUCAGCAUUGAGCGGUGGCAUUUCAUCCCAAUCCUUACCUGACGAAAUCAGCCAUUCUUAUCAAAUGAUGAUUUUCUGGGCCGGGUUAAGAGGUGCAGUUGGAGUUGCUUUGGCAAUGGGAAUUCAAGGAGAAGCUAAAUGGACGCUAAUGGCCACUGUGUUAGUUGUUGUCGUAUUGACCGUUAUAUUAUUCGGUGGUACAACUGCUUCCAUGUUGGAACUUUUCGGAAUUAGAGUUGGUUGUGUGGACGAACAUGAUGAUUCAGACGAUGAAUUUGACAUAGAGGCUCCUAGAUUACCUUUAACCAGCCCAUCGUUAAACUCAACUCCAAGUAUGUUAGGAAGUAGAAGGUUUGGAAAUUCCACGACAAGUAUUGAUACAGGCUCGAGAAAUAUGAACACACCAGGAAAGAAUAUUUAUAAAGAUGACGUAAGAUCAAGAAACGACUCAUCAGUGAGUUUAUCAUCGUUCAAGCCUACUGUGGGUACAAAUACACCACACCCAUUAGGAAUAUCUUCUCACAAUAGUUCUUCCGCUGAUUUAGUCAAUGAUGAGGAUGAACUAAAUGCAAGCGAUGUAGACGAUUUACUUCUGAAUAAUCAUAUGGCUUCUAAUUCCAACAUCAAUACAAACGAUCCUAAUAAUAGUGGUGUAUUGGGGGCUUUGUUAAGCGCAGAAGAACAUGUGAAGUGGUUCACAAAGUUUGAUGAACAAGUUUUAAAGCCUGUUUUAUUAGACACUUUACCUCAUCAAAAUAGGAAGAAUCAUAAGGACGAUAAUCACCCAGGUCAUGGCCCUAAUUGA